CCAGUUGCCUAUGGGAUUCGCUGCGUGAAGGUACGAACCGAACGUGAUUGCGAUUGCGAUUUUACUUCCGAUACAAGAUCCAUUCUCGUACGAUGGUGGCGUGCCGGCGGCAAAUGUAACGAACAGUUUGCAGUUAAGCGUAGUGUGGUGUGUGCUGGAGUGUAAAUCCCUAUAGCUCCUAAGAGAGCCCGCCACUAGCUGCUAGUGGCCGAGCUGGCUCGAUAAUGCUGUGCUGGGAAGGAGCCAGUGAUUAUGACGCGUAUCCAUCCUCGCAGACUCUCCAUGCCGACACUUUCAUGCACUCCAGUCGGAAGUCAAGUGUGCCACUGCCUUGGAGUUCCACCACCCAUGCGACCCACAACAUGGAGCAGAUUUCCGGUCCACCGGCUCGGACCGGAACCUGCUACCAAACACCACGCUCGCACCCAUGGCGCCCAACAAUGGGCUAUGAAGCGGUCCAAGUAACGCCCUUGCACGAGCAACCAAUAACCAAUGCACUCGUAGCGUCUUCCUACUCACCAUCAGCAAUGUGUUCCGAUCCGGUAACGUUUCCCAACCUGGUCACCGGUUUCGAGCGAAAUCCCCAACAUGCGGCCCGAGCCGCGCUCUACACUCGCUACACGCCGAACGAGUGGACCACUUCAAACGUGACAACUUAUGCCGAGGCGGAUAAAAACAGGAAUUAUGCCGAAAAAGUCCGUUCCGAGGCCGUGCGUCUCAUGCGAGAAACGGACGAAAAAACGUCUCAGGGCCAGCGCGAUGCAGCCCGGCGUUUGGGCGAACGUAUUACGGAUAUUACCUUUUGGCGGAACGAAUUAACAACGGAACUGGAAAAACUAAUUGCCGAGUCGGCUCAGCUGACGGACACGAAACGCAACGUACAGAAGGCACUGCAAGAUCUGGAACCGCCUCUCCAUAUAGCACAGGAAUGCCUCUACCAUCGCGAGGGACGAAAAAGUAUAGAGCUGGUGCAUGACCAUGUGGAAAAAAGUUUGCUCGUCGAGGUGGACAACUUGCGUUCCUGCCAGGAAAAACUGUCUCAAUUGUUGGCUCGCAUCACCAAGCAAUUGGCAGAUUGUCGAGCGGCACAGCACUCGCUGGAGGACGACAUCAGUCACAAGGAAUCGGCUCUGGGGAUCGAUUCUUUGUGUCAUCAGCUGAAUAACUACAGCCGCGGGAUUAAUUACUAUGGUGGUAUUGAAAAAUAUGAUCCGACCGUUAGUACGCCCGGCACGUGGUCCGGCUCUAGCAGCACUCGCAUUAACAACUCGCACUCUGAACGCUCAAAAUCAUGCCAGCUGCGAAGCGAUGCCGAGUCCCUGAUCAACGCCGUGGCCACAUCCGUUUGGGAUUGCUGGAGCAACACCAACAAUGCGUUCAACAACCGGUCGUCGGAAAUGUUGGAGGCGAAGAGCAAAAUGCAACUGCACUUGCAUAAGACUCAACAGGAAAUAUUUGAUGUGGAAAAACACAUCGAGUUACUGCGGAAAGCAGUUAAUGACAAAUCCAAUCCAAUGAAAGUGGCGCAAACUCGAUUGGAGGCACGUGCUCAUCGUCCAGGCAUUGAAAUGUGUCGCGAUAAUGCCCAUCUGCGCUUGGUGGAGGAAGUCUGCAACAUUCAGGACUCGGUUGCAACGUUGCAUCGCAAGCUACAGGAAGCGGAAGCUCAGCACCAGCAGCUGCUGAAAACCAAAUCGCAACUAGAGCAUAAUCUUAAACUGAAAGUUGAUGCCCUGUUCAUUGAUCGAGAGAAGUGUAUGGGUCUACGGCGCUCAUUCCCUGUUAACAAUACCAUUAAAUAUUAAAACGUUUAUUACAAUUAUUUUCGCUCCAUCCGCUAAUCAUUCCAAACCGUACGUUACUGUUGCUCGAUAUAUUAGAUUCAAUAAAAUAGAAUUUGCUUGCUUUCCAAUAGGA